GCGGCAGACAAUCCCUGAGACGCUUCUUACCUGUCAACUACAAGAAAUUAAUUUGGUAAGCAAGAGAGAGAAGACCCAAGACCUGCCUGAAGAAGGACUACACGAGCUACAGUCUAUAGUAUGAUGACUGGUGAGGCGUUCAUGAUGAAGCUCCUGGUGGUGUGGCUGACGCUGCUGGUGGUCCUGAGUGAAGGGUCGAGGGUGCUGAUGGUGCUGCCUCUUGGUUCACCAUCACACAAGAACUUGGUGACGCCGCUGGCAGAGUCGCUGGGUCGUGUAGGUCACCAGGUAACGAUAGCGUCACUACACGCAGGACCCGCCAGUCACCACUACACCGACCUGGUGGCCAGCGAGGCCUGGGAGACCAUCCGUAAAGUGACGGGAAGCUUCGACGUGUUCAAGAUGCGGGAAGCCAGCGGCGGGAAGAACAUCAACUCUGAGGUGAUGAAGAAGGUUAUCCGUAACCUGCCGGAGUACUGUGACGCCUUCCUGCGUGAUCCAGGUGUCCGUAGUGCCUGGCACACCAAGCCAGACGUGGUGAUCCUGCCAGCCUUCAUGAACGAGUGUGGACUGGCACUCGUACACAAGUUUAAGGUCCCCUUCAUCUACAUCACCACCUCAGGUCUAACACCGUGGACGGCCGACCUGUUGGCCAAUCCCGAGAACCCAGCCUACGUGCCCAACCAGUACCUCAGUUAUGGUGCUAACAUGAACCUUUGGGAGAGAACCGUCAACACCCUUGUUAGAAUCAUCAGUCCCUAUCUACGCAGUCAGCUGGUGAUGAAGAGAGUGGAAGGUGUAGUACAGAGGUUCCUGGGGGACCCGACGGUGUCCCUGACGGAGGUGGAGAAGAACGUGUCCUUGGUCUUGGUCAACUCUCACUACUCCCUCGGCCACCCUCGGCCGCUCAUGCCCAACGUGGUGGAGGUCGGUGCCAUGCACUGUCGGCCCGCUCGGCCACUACAAGACGCUCAGCUGCGUCACUUCCUCGACUCGUCGACAGUACCUGUGGUGGUGUUCAGUCUGGGCUCCACCAUCCGCAGUCAACAACUGCCGCUCUGGCUCAGGCAGUCUGUGCUGGCAGCUUUUGCUCGUCUGCCAUACCGUGUCUUAUGGAAGUGGGAGGGCGCCGCCAUCCCCGACCUGCCACCCAACGUCAUCACUAGCGCCUGGCUCCCCCAACAGGACGUGCUGGGUCACGAGCGCGUGCGCGCCUUCGUCACUCACGGAGGACUGCUGUCACUGCAGGAAGCUGUGUACCACAACGUGCCGAUAGUUGGUCUGCCCCUCAUGAGUGACCAGCACCUCAACGUGCGCCAGGCAGUGACACUCGGCCUGGGUCGUCAACUGACACUGGAGACUCUCACAGAAGACAAUUUGUACGAGGCCAUCACAGCUGUUGUCGAGGACGACCAAUACCGAGGACGAGUGAAGCAAACAUCAACACUACUACGAGACCAAGAGACUCCUCCCCUCCAGCGAGCUGUGUACUGGACGGAACACGUGUUGCGUCACGGCGGCGCCCCUCACCUGCGCUCACCUGCCGCCAACAUGCCGCUACACCAGUACUUCUUACUGGACGUGGCCGCUGUCUUGGCGGUGGCGGCUGCUGUGUUGGUGCUGCUGCUGUGGUGGACGACGAGGGCUGUUACCCGAGCCCUUACCAGAGCCCUUAGGAAGGCUGCCACCUCCCUCCUCACCUUAGUCAGGUCCCACGUCAAGCUGGAGUGAACCUUACACAUCCUUGAAGAAGAAAGAUCUGAGACUCGGACCAGUACAAGCGCCAAGGCAAGCGAACGUCCGUCUGGCUACAGCAACCCCCUUCCCCCUUAUACAUAUCAACACGAGGUGAAAGAGCAACGCCUGACGCUUUUUUCUGCUUGUGCUGGCACUGACUUUAUGGCUUGACUGAAAUGGACAGCGUCGAGAAGGAAGACUCUGCCAUAACAUGUAUCUGAUGCUUGUCACUCACCCCUGAGUCACUCACUCUUAAGUCACUCACUCCUAAGUCACUCACCCCUGAGUCACUUACUCUUAAGUCACUCACUCCUAAGUCACUCAGUCCUAAGUCACUCACUUCUAAGUCACUCAUUCUUAAGCCACUCAUUCUUAAGUCACUCCUAAGUCACUCAGUCCUAAGUCACUCAGUCCUAAGUCAAUCACACCUUCAUUACUGUUACCUCUUAUUGAUCAUCUAUGUUGUCAAUCAUCUAAUAACGGUAACAUAAGCUAAGUCAAUCACAUAUUUACGCCAUCAAUCACAUAUUUACGUCACCAAUCACAUAUUUACAAACGUUCAUAUUGUCAUACCCUCAUAUUUUUAUAAUUAUAUAUAUAUAAACAUUUUACUUCAGCUCGAUAAUGUGUAUAUACAGUAUAUAUAUAA